AUGAAAGUAAUGACAUUUGGGGCAUGCUGUUCUCCGAGUAGCGCUCAAUACGUGAAGAACAUAAAUGCAGAACGGUUCAAGAGUGAAUACCCGGCGGCAUACGAGGCCAUCACGAAAUCACACUACGUCGAUGACCUGUCAAUCAGUGUCGCUUCUGAGGACGAAGCCAUACAGAUAGCGAAGGAUGUUAGGCACGUGCAUGCACAAAGCGGGUUCGAGAUUCGAAACUGGAUCAGCAAUUCCAGACGGGUAACGUCAGCACUACAAGAAGUAAACAUGGAGGAGAAAUGUCUUGACCUAUCAUCAGAACUGUCUACAGAGAAGGUCCUAGGUAUGUGGUGGAAUACAACGUCUGACGCAUUCACGUACAAAAUCGGUUGGACUCGUUUUGACGGAGCUCUGUUAAAUGGUCAACGACGACCUACAAAGCGCGAGGUUCUACGGAUUCUCAUGUCUAUAUUCGAUCCACUUGGACUGAUUGCUCACUUUCUAGCGUACUUGAAAACCUUGUUGCAAGAUAUCUGGAGAUCCGGUAUUGAAUGGGACGAAGAAAUAAACGACGUUGCAUUCACGGAUUGGCUCACCUGGCUGAAAGUCUUGCCCAAUGUCGAAAACGUUCACAUCGCCCGGUCCUACAGUGUCAGAUAUCCAUUCACCAAAGCGGACGAAAUACAACUGCAUACUUUCGUAGAUGCAGGGAAAAAUGGAAUGGCAGCUGCAUGUUUUCUUCGCCUUGCCAAGAAUAGUAUAAUUCAUUGUUCACUUAUCACCUCUAAAACCAAAGUCGCACCACUGAAACUCACAUCGAUUCCUCGACUGGAACUACAAGCAGCGUUGAUAGGGACACGGCUCAGUCGAACAGUUAUCAACAAACUUGGGAUACGAAUCUCUAAGAAGUUUUACUGGUCAGAUUCGAGAGAUGUUUUAUGUUGGAUUAACUCCGAUCAUCGUCGAUAUACUCAAUUUGUCGGGUUCAGAAUAACGGAGAUCCUAGAGACUACGGAAGCACAGGAAUGGCGAUACGUACCAAGCAAACUAAACGUUGCCGACGAUGGCACCAAGUGGGACAAACAACCUGAUUUAUCUCCCGACAGCAGGUGGUUCAAUGGACCAGAUUUCCUAUGGACAACCGAAGACAAGUGGCCACAGUUAGGAAUCCGGAACAAAUCCACAAAUGUUGAACUCGUAGCAAGCCUUGCCCUCCACUACGCUCUCUAUGAACCGAUUGUCCUCGUCGCUGACUAUUCUAGUUGGGUUCGGUUGAGAAAUGUUGUAGCACGUGUGUUACGGUUCAUAAAAAAUUUACGAUCCAAUCAACGGAAACAUCCAAUCAUCACAGGACCACUCAUCGGAAAUGAACUCUGCGCUGCUGAAGCUUAUUUGAUUCGUCUCGCGCAACAAGAAGGUUACCCCGAGGAAGUCUCCGUUUUCCUGAGUUCAGGGCAGAAGGAAGAUGGCUCAACAACGACCCUUCGGAAAUCAAGCUCACUCUACAAGCUGACACCAUGGCUGGACGAAUGUGGCAUUCUACGAAUGAGAACUCGUAUCGCAGCCUGUCAAUAUGCAACUGAAGAUGCGAAGAAACCCAUCAUUCUACCAAGCAAGCACCAUAUCACUACCCUUAUAAUUUCGCACUACCACAACGAAUAUCAUCACCAAAACCACGAAACGGUGAUAAACGAACUGCGACAGAGAUAUCAAAUCAAGCAUCUACGUUCGCGCUUUCAACAAGUAUGCACAGAUUGCCAGAGAUGCAAGGUGGAACAUGCCGCACCAAACCCUCCACUCAUGGCAGAUCUACCUCCUGGACGCCUGGCAGCAUUCUCACGCCCGUUCACGCACACAGGAAUAGACUACUUCGACCCAAUCGAAGUAGUCGUUGGAAGGAGAGUCGAGAAACGUUGGGGAAUGCUAGCGACCUGCUUGACCGUUCGAGCGAUACAUAUCGAAGUAGUACACUCAAUGACUACUAGUUCUUGUAUCAUGGCAAUCCACAAUUUCAUCGCUAGGCGCGGGCAACCCUGUAAAUUCUACAGCGAUCGGGGAACUAAUUUCGUCGGGGCCGAGCGUGAACUGAAGAAGAUGAGAGAAACGAUCGAUCAUAACGUUAUUAUGAAAGAGUUUACCAAUACCAAGACUGAGUGGUUGUUUAAUCCACCAUUGGCGCCACACAUGGGUGGAAGCUGGGAGCGACUUAUUCGUACAGUAAAGAACAACUUAAUGGCCGUCUGCACAACGAAAAAGCCAUCUGAGGAAGUACUGCGUAACACACUAAUCGAAAUUGAAAACGUGGUCAAUUCCCGUCCGCUCACGCACGUGCCGUCAGUCGAAGACUCUGCUCCCGCUCUCACACCACUUCCUAUUGGGAUCGUCCAACGGAAACAAACCGCUCGUCACGAUUAA